CAGCAGUUUGCAGCAUUCGGCAAGAUGGCGGAACGGGGUCUGUCUGGCCUCGUCAGAAGAAUAACAUAAUUUAUAUUAGCUAGCAAAGAAAAGAAAAUGGAGGAAAUAAAAUAUAGCUCUGACAGAAGAUUCGCCAGUGGAGGAUGAAUAGUGCCUAGAUCUGAGCAAUAUAAGCUGAAUGCAUUGUGAUUUCCAAUAAUUGAGACAGUGAUUCUAAAAGACUGUCUACAUUAAUGCAAAGAACAAUGUAGUCAUCUUAGCAUAUUCAACACUGGUACAUGGUCAAUACAGGGAUUUUUUUUUAUUCUUCUAAAUAUUGUGUGCAAUGUGCUUCUGCAUGCCUUUUAGCUGAAAGCAUAUGAGAAAUAAUUGCCAAAACAGUCAGGGUGACCCAUAGAGCAGUUAUAUUUAGUAAUUCAUAAGAAACAGUCAACAUGGAGAUGGAUGACAUAUUACCCCCCUUACCGUUGGAGCCACCUGAUGAUUUGAACUCGGAGGGCCUUAAUGGUAAAGCGCAGCCUCCAACACCCCCCCUGCAAACGUCCAGUGACGCAGAGGAAAUGGACGUUAGCUCUGGUGGUGAUGGACACACACACACCCCAGCAGGGGGCCAGGGCCUCCAGACCAAGGGCUCCAUAACCUUCAUUAAUAACCUGUCAGAUGAGGCUGAACCCGGCACCUUGUGCCCUAGAACAGCCCGCCACGCACCCCCUGUCACCAAGUUUCUGCCAGACCUCAAAUUACUCAGAGACAUUAAGAUCAGUGUCAGUGUCGUAGAUACCAGUAGGAGCAAAGAUAGGAAGGUGCUGUACACAGGGAUAGGUCAGGAGGGUGGUGGUGAAGGGGAGACUAGCUCAGAGAGCCUUAAUGGUGAGUUUUAUGAUGCUGAUACAGAGCCAGGGGCUGUGGACGGUAGCUCAGGGCCUGGGGUGGUCAGUGCAGGGAGGAGAGGGGAGGAGGCAGAGGCAGACCUGGAGAACAAAGUGGAGUUUGCGGUCCUAGAUGAGCUGGAGGACUUCAGUCAGGACUUCCUGGACACGGAGGAUGUGCAGCAGGGGGGGUUCAGGUCAGAGGUCAUAGUUCAACAGGAUCAUGCUGACGAAGAGAACGUAAAUAUCUCAUAUGAGGAAGACUUUGACAAUGAUGUAGACGCUCUGCUGGAGGAGGGCAUGCCCGUGCCCAAAAAGAUGCGCCUGGCAGAGGGGGCUGUUGAGUAUGCAGGAGACAGUGAUCACGCAUCCGACAGGGAUGUGGAGGGAGGUGUUCAGCCCAUGAUGACCAAAAUUAAGACAGUCCUGAAGAGUCGUGGGCGUCCACCCACUGAGCCACUACCUGACGGAUGGAUCAUGACAUUCCAUAACUCUGGCAUUCCAGUCUACCUGCACAGAGAGACCAGAGUGGUGACCUGGUCCAGACCUUACUUUCUGGGGUCCGGGAGCAUCAGGAAACAUGACCCUCCCACCAGUAGCAUCCCUUGCCUGCACUAUAGGAAGAUUAAGGAUCGCGAGGAGAGGGAACAGAACGGAGAGGUGACGCCCAACGCUGAAGUGUCUCCGGUGAAGCCUGGGGACGAGGCAGACUCCAUGGAGAGACCAGACGAGCCUGACUCCACUGCCCAGGAGGACCCUACCACUGUGGGCCUGGGGGAGGGACAGGUGGAGGUGGAGAUAGAGACAGGCCUGGUCACAGAGGGGACCAUAAAGGGGUGCCCUGUCCUGCAUGGCAAGAUGCCCCACUCCUGUGAGAUGGCCCAGGGGGCUCUCGGACAGGUCAGGGCCAAGGUGGAGGUGUGCAAAGAUGAAUCGAUAGAAAUUGAGGAGUUCCGCAGCUACCUGGAGAAGUGCUUUGACUUUGAACAAGUGACCGUGAAGAAGUUCCGUACUUGGGCAGAGCGCAGGCAGUUCAACAGGGACAUCAAGAGGAAACAGGCUGAGUCAGAGAGACCCAUUCUGCCUGCCAACCAGAAACUCAUCACUCUGUCUGUAUCAGAUACCCCCACCAAGAAAGAGUUUGUCAUUAACCCAAAUGGGAAAUCUGAAGUUUGCAUCCUACAUGAAUAUAUGCAACGUGUCUUAAAGGUCCGACCUGUUUACAACUUUUUUGAAUGUGAGAACCCAAGUGAACCCUUUGGAGCCUCCGUCAUAAUAGAGGGAGUGACAUAUGGCACAGGAACUGCAAGCAGUAAAAAACUUGCCAAGAAUAAAGCUGCUCGAGCCACACUGGAGAUUCUCAUCCCUGACUUUGUGAAGCAGACGUCUGAGGAGAAGCUUGUAGAAGGGGAUGAACUGGAGUAUUUUAAUCAUAUCAGUAUUGAAGAUUCAAGGGUGUACGAACUGACCAAUAAAGCAGGAUUACUCUCGCCAUAUCAGAUUCUACACGAGUGCCUUAAGAGAAACCAUGGAAUGGGUGACACCAGCAUCAAGUUUGAGGUGAUCCCAGGAAAGAACCAGAAGAGUGAAUAUGUGAUGACGUGUGGAAAGCAUACCGUGCGCGGAUGGUGCAAGAAUAAACGUGUGGGGAAGCAGCUGGCGUCUCAGAAGAUCCUACAGAUGCUGCACCCUCACGUGAAGAACUGGGGGUCACUGCUCCGCAUGUAUGGCAGAGAGAGCAAUAAGAUGGUUAAAAAGGAAAAUUCAGACAAGAGUGUGAUUGAACUUCAGCAGUAUGCCAAAAAGAACAGGCCAAAUCUUCACAUCCUGAACAAACUGCAAGAGGAGAUGAGGAAACUGGCUAAGGAGAGGGAGGAAACCAGGAAGAAGCCCAAGAUGACCAUAAUGGAGUCAGCCCAGCCUGGUAGUCAGCCCCUCUGCACUGUUGACGUCUAGGAACCAUCACUGCAACCAAUCUAACAUGGCACUGACCAAUGGUAGCCAUAGUCACUGUCCGAUUUUAAAAGCCACUCCACCAUCCAAUUAUGCAUCAUUGUAAAAUGGCAAUACAACUGGACAUUUCUAGUAUAGCGGUGGUCAUCUUCUUAGCACUGUCUCCAAGCUGUUUAUUAUUUUACUCCAAAGGUCUUUUUUAUUCAUUGUUAUUGGGUAGGGUAGGAUUAGGACAAAUGCACUAACAGACAGUAGAGUUAACACCAUCUACCUCUAGAUGCAAUCUCUACACAGUGGCACUUCUAUAAAUUGAACCAUAGGGGUUGCAGACAGAUUGGUUGAGAUGACUUGACAUGUAUCUAAGAUCCACAAGAAAUUGUCAGCCUGUUUACUGUGCGUAGUAAUAACUGCCGACAACCACUAGACCCCUCCAUUUAUAUUGCAUUGAUUGAAUUUAUAAUACGCUCCAAAUAUAACCUAAAGUACCUGAUACUUUACAGAGACUGAACAUUCCUAACAGGUUUCCUUGUAUACUUAAAAGCAUUACCUAUUCUCACGGAUCAGUUUGCUCUCUCUGCUUUUGCUAUACAGAUACGCUGUGGGAAACUAAUUUAUAUGCUGUUGUCAUUGGAAAUUAUUGAUGAUUGAUGUCGUGUAUAAUUUGGAUGGCCAACUUAAUUUGCUUGUAAACCUGUUAAGAAAAAAGUUAUAUAUUCAAAUGCAUCGUUUGCUGUCCGGUCAUGUUUUGGGGUUUAUUUAUUUUUUGUUCUUACUUUUAACCUUUUUUCUCCACAAUUUCUUGGUAUCCAAUUGGUAGUUACAGCCGCACUGCUUCUUGACACAAUGCCCGCUUAACCCGGAAGCCAGCCGCACCAAUGUGUCGGAGGAAACGCCACACGAGUCGCUAGAGUGCAAUGGGACAAGGACAUCCUUGUCAGCCAAACCCUCCCCUAACUCGGACGACGCAGGGCCAAUUGUGCUCCGCCCCAUGGGUCUCCCGGUCGCGGCCGGCUAUGACAGAGCCUGGACUCAAACCAGGAUCUCUAGUGGCACAGCUAGCAACUGCGAUGCAGUGCCUUAGACCACUGUCCCACACGGGAGGCCCCAGUCAUAUACUUGUUACAUGCUCGUGGUCUUUAGUACGAGAAAUUCAUUUUGAAUUAAUUAGGGAAUGGACAUUCAUCUCGAGACCUAUUAAGCGGGACUAAUGAUUUUAAUUGCCUUUUUGUUUUGGAAGCACAGGAAGAAACAUAUCAAUGGACAGGUGACAACCAGGGUGAUCUGUAUAGCUAAGAUCCUGUUGCCAUGUUUGCACUGCAGACAGAACACAGGCACUAGGGCUUGGAGUACUGUAGUCAGAGAAGUGAUUGAGAUAUUCAAGGUAGUUACAUAUUUAAGAAGACUUUUUUUGUUUGUUUCUGUGUUAGUCACGUAAUUAUUUUUGGGACUCUAUUUAAAGCAAAACAAUACAACAUGCAGGCCAUCUUACUAUUUGGUACAGUUCAGCUGCUGUGAUAGACAUUUUGCAUCAUGAUAAUGUGGCACUUUGCUUCUUGAAAGUCCCAAUAACUUGACUGCUAACCUGCAAAACAUUAAAGGACUUUAACAGUGGACUAAUGGGAAAAAAAAUAAAGCGAUUUUGGACCCAUAAACGGAUAAGAAAACAAUUGGCUACCUGUUACCUAAGUUCACCCAUUUCAUGUAGGGCUCCCCAGAGCAUUCACAGGGCCCAGGUCCCCUCUUAAAGGGAAAUGGAUAGACCAAGCCUCUUUCUUGUUACAGCAUUUAUUGUUUAGCCUGUUUGUAAUAAUUUGACAAGACAGUAAUAUUGAUAUUUUGAAAGAAUUGCCUUUAGCAAAUAUGGAUUUUAAAUAAGAAUUAUUUAAGGUUUUGUGUACGUUUGUUUGCAAACAUUGUGACAACUGAUCAAUCACAUUUUCAAGCAUUGAUAUGUGGAACUGUGAUCCUCUCCUCAAAAGGCAAUCUACAGGAAUGAAGUUGGUACACUUUACCUCUUAACAAAAUACAAUCAUGUCAUUAUUAAAUCUGAUAGCUAAAGGAGCAGUGUGAACCAAAGCUUAGUCUUAUGCAUUUUUAUAGAAUACUGUAGGUUGCUGCACACAAUACAUGAAAGGAAAAAAAGAUGCAAUACCUGCUAGAACAAAAUAUAAAUUGCUGUGCAUUCGUUGUGUGAAGUAUUUGGUUUGUGUGGCUUUUCCUGAAUGUCUACUGCACCUUAACACUUCAUCGUAUAUGGGAACAAGGCUGCUGUGUUAGUAGAUUGCUUUACGAAUGUGCUUCCCCCUGUGUGUUCUGUCUUACCAAGUGUGUGUGAAAAUGCUUUUUACACUUGGAAGUUAUUUGCUAGAUAUUGCUGCCUAGAAAAUGAAGUAUGUAACUGUGACUUGGGAUUGCUGACUUUCAGUGAAAUUCAUUUAUGCAAAUAAAGUUGUCAUGGCUGA